UGACGAGGAAGUUUAGUAGAACGUCAAGCUGUGAGUGUGAAGCGAAAUGUCAUUAGAUGAGCAUACUGUUGCAUAUAGUUAAAGGUUGUUUCUCUCAGCUGUAACAGUAAGUAGAAUUGUAACACGGUGAACACGGUCAAACGUACUGUGGUUUAGAAGAAUGAAGAAUGGAUUUGCCGGCGUCAAGUGACAGUCGUACAAGCGUCAACAACGCGGCCAUCCCUUCAGGCGGGGAGAGCCUGUACCCUCAACUAGAUGAGUUUGAAUUUUUGGAAAAUGAGGAAGGCGAGGUGUCAAGAUCCAGCAGAAGUAGCUCCCCAUCCACAGGCAGCCGGCCCCCGUCCGCCUCACCACCUCCUCCCCAUGCGAAAAAAUAUCUCUACCCUAAAAAGGAAUACGUUGAAGAAUUAAGACCAGAAGAAAUCCGAUGGUUUUACCGACAAGAAGGGGAUAAAAAAUGGACUCCAUUUAUUGGUUAUGAUUCAUUGAGAAUUGAAUGCAAAUACCGUGAAUUUGCAUAUGGUAUCGGUGGGACUAAUGAUCGUAAUGUGGAGAUGAUUUUGGUAAGAGGAGGGCUUUAUGAGUGUGAUGUCAUCUCCCGCAAAUGCUAUCCAGUUUACUGGACAGGUGAUGUGACUGAAGUAAUGCGAGGGAUGUGGUUUUAUGAUGGCACAUGGCAGCCAAUAGAUGAAGGGCAUGCUGUUCAAAUAGAAACAGAACAUUUGUCACACUUUGUUGGUAAAAAAAUUGAAGACUUCCCCACUAUUGCUGUUAAAGGCCAAAAGCAAGUGAUACAUAACAUAAAAUUUCGCAAUUACUAUGUUGACUGGAAUGGUGUGGAGGAGAUAUACAUGUUCAGUGAGUCAGCUUCAUCCAGACUUGUGAGGCACGUCAGCAAAUCUCUUGGAUUUCAGAAAUGGGCACUACAACCAGUUGAUUCAAGGUUUAGAUCAAUGGUUCUAGAUGCCUUAAAUGUGUCUGGGACACGCCUCCAGAGAGGGUAUUGUUAUGAGGCCAUCAUGGAUGACAAACCAGCAGAUAUCAACCAUCUUGUCUUUGUCAUACAUGGUAUAGGGCAGAAGAUGGAUACAGGCAGCAUAGUUCGCUGCAGCAAUGAUUUAAGAGAUGCGACAAAUAAACAAAAAAUGAAACUUUAUCCAAAGUUUGACCAAACAAACAAAAGAGCCGAGUUUCUUCCAGUUGAGUGGAGAUCAUCACUAACGUUGGAUGGAGAUAUUGUUGAGUCUAUCACGCCACAAAAAGUUAGAGGUCUGCGAACCAUGUUAAACAGCAGUGCCAUGGAUAUCUUGUAUUAUACCAGUCCACUCUACAGAUCAGAGAUCACUCGUGGUUUGUAUGCGGAACUGAACAGAUUGUUCAAGAUGUUCUGUGAGCGACAUCCAUACUUUGAGUCCAGCGGUGGGAAAGUUUCAAUUGUUGCUCAUUCAUUAGGUGCUGUGAUCACCUAUGACAUUCUCUCAGGCUGGAACCCCAUCCGUGUGUAUGACCAGUUUCUAACAGAUGUUCUUGAUGAAAAGUCCAAAUAUGCCCGUGGUUCUUCAGAAAUGAUGGCAGAGGUAGACAAGGCCAAAGCCAGGGUGGAAGAGCUGGAGGCUUUGCUGACCGCCUUACAUGACAGACAGCAGAAAGCUAAUCUAGCAUUUCAGAUUGAGAACUUGUUCUGCCUGGGUUCCCCACUGGCUGUCUUCCUGGCCCUGAGAGGGAUGAGGCCUCAUGGGAAGGCUUCCCAAGAGAUCCUCCUGCCCAAGAGCAAGUGUCAGCGCAUCUUCAACAUCUACCAUCCUGCUGAUCCUGUUGCCUAUCGCUUAGAGCCGCUAGUUAUGAAGCACUACUACAGCAUCUUACCAGUGCAAGUGCACCGGUGUGAUCAGACAAAGCGUGUGGCAUACACGAGCCUGCGUGCCAAAGCCUUCACCGUGCCCAAAUCCAAACCUGAUGAGAAGACCAUUAAGACAACAGAGCUUACUACUGAUGAGACGAUAGACUUAAUUGAGACAGGAAACAAGGAGAAUGCAGAUGUGAUGGUUGUGGAGACAACUCAGACCACACAAACCACACAACAGAAAUUCUCCUUCUCUGGUAUGUGGUCACGCUUUGGGAAAAAAUCGUCAGAGCCUGUUAGCUCUGAGUUGAAGGUCAUACAGAAGUGGGACAAGGAGGCGGAGGUGAAAGCUAUGGAGCUGGAGGCUGAGCCUGUCAAAAUGACAGCCAAGGCUGGAGAUGAGAUUGAUGCCACAGAACUGGAAUAUCGUCUGGACUAUCAGCUGAGGGAAAGUAACUUUGAGAACAGCUACAUCUCUGCCAUCACCUCACACACCGCUUACUGGAGCAACAACGACGUCGCUCUGUUCAUCCUCACUCACUUACACCCGGAGCUACAGGAAAGCUGACCCUUUGUCAAACAGCCCUGUAAGAACCUGCUCUCCAUCCAAAACUCAGCUUCAACCAACCUUUACAACCAUUCAGAGCCAUUCAAAAGUUGUAGUUGUAUAACCCUCCAGAACUGUACUUCACCCUGAAUUGCCCCCCAAAUCUUUCACCCUUUUCUAAUGCCAUACUUGGAAAGUCUCCUUUGUGGUUAACUCCAACCUUCCAAAACUCCAAUUCUCCUAGCCAGUUCUCAAAGCUCUCCAAGCCAUACCUUCCAUCAGCCAGCCCAAGACUUCAAGAGUCUUUGUCAGCACACCCUAGGCAUCCUUUGUCUGCCAAAUUCUAAUUGCUCAGACUUCAGUGGCAUUCUGAGAGUUAACUCUGCCAUAUAUUUAUCUGUGUAAUACAUGUCUCCUUGAGAAGUUCACUCUUAAUGACUGAAAUAAUAACAUGUUAUGUUAUAGAGUGCAUUUGUGUCCCAUUUUGACUGCCUUGAUGUUCACACACCACUGUGUUCAUGAAGACAAUAUGUCUUCCUUUGUACAUAAAUUCUAGCGUUGUUGUUGUUCAGUUAGAAUUUGAAGCCCCAAACAUUGACUUCAUUUACCGUUGGUGCAUAAUUGUUUUGCUUGUUAAAGCAUUUUUUGAAAUAUUAGUUAUGCAGCUAUAAACCCAAUAGUCUUUAACUUUUACCACCUUUUUUAAUCUUAGACUUGGCUUAUUUUUGGCGCUUGUAAUUAUGUUAAAAUGAUCGUGCUCCUUUAAUAAUUGUAUAUAAUGUACAGUUACCUUGUUAAGUUUUUGACCUCUGGAGCGCUAAGCACAAAUGCCUUUUACAUUAUUGCUGCACUGUAUAUGGAUGUAUAUGUUGUACAGAUGAAGUCAUUUAAUGAUUUGUCAGGUGCUGUUUUGAAUACAACCUAUUAGUUAAUACAUUUUUGAUGCAUAAUUUCUUAUCACCACCAGGUCUUCCUUAUGUAACAUUAUUUCACAGAUUUAUUUAAUUCUAUAUUAUGUGCUCAGUGGUUGUGCAAUGCUAAUAUUAAAGUAUCAUUUUCACACAGAACUUCUUGAAGUGCACAUGAUACGAAUAUGAAAUAUGAUGUCUUUUUGCCGAGUAUUUGUUAUUGCUCUCAAAUUGUCAUGGAGCUAUUUUAUUUAAACACCCCGGCAUUAUCAAACUGAUCAAUACGUUUUCAGUGACGAUUGUGUAACAUUGCUCUUAAAACAUUUUUAACAAUAACAUUUGAGCUUGUGUCCAAGCAGGCUGUGAUUUCUUCGCUGAUCAGACCUACUAAGGAAUGUCAACGUCUUUCAGCUGUGGGUGAUUGAUUUAAAAGGAAACGCAACACUAUACCAAAGUUAUCGAUAAAGUAUCGCAAAAGAAGUUUUAAAGCCAUAGUUUUUUUUUUUAGUUUUGUGAUGUUACGCAACCGAGAUAUCGCAGCUCAAAACAAGCAAAAUUGCGUUCAUCGAGUCAGUCGAAAGCGCUGCCAUGUUGUCAGUUUUAACCAAUCAAUCGCGACUAAUUUCUACAACCCGAGGAUGCAUCUGUUUCCGUAUACGUCACCCCAACCCAGUUUUGAAAAUAACCAGAUGGCUAUUGGGUACGGAUGACGCGACAUCGUCUUUGUGGUUGCUCUAAAGCAUUCCAUUGCCUUGUAAGAAUUCAGGAUUAAAGUUGAUUUGUAGAGUUAGCAAGCACACCAUAAAAGAAUGUCUAACCAUUUAGGUCUGUUUUCACCUCUCUUCGUAAAUAACUCCGGUUAUUUUGACGGAUUUUUGACAUCCAAUCUUUUAAACACAUGUUAUUCACUUGAUUACUAUCACGCGUGCAAGGUGACAUCGACAUUUUGCAGAUGCCACAGCUAGUAUGAAUUUGUGCUUGUUACCUCAAGUAGGCCCUACAAGGUCAUGUGGUCACGUUCAUCCUAAUCUUAGCGUUCCAAAUAGGUAGCCUUUAAAAUGUAAGUUUGACAAAUCAGAGGUGUAGUAAAGUAUGGUCAUUUUCGUAGUUAAUAGGGGCAUACCCUGCUGAGUGAGAAUGAAAUCUCAGUGCCAAAGCGCCACUUCGGCAGCAUUUCAGCCAUAUCUUCGCGAAGUUCAAAUGAGAUGAGGGGAAAUUCAUGGCGCAGGUGUUAAAUAAAAGCCACAUGUUAAACAUGUCUAUUGUUCAUGUGAGAAGAUCAUGCAUACAUUCAUCACAUGAUGUACACAAACUUUUUACCCAGAAUACCCCACUACAAAGUUUACAUCGCUAACAGUUCAUACAUGCGUUUUCAGUGUCACAACGAUCGAGUUUGAAGUGCAUCUCUGCCACUGCUGGUUGUGCUGUAACUAGGCCAGCGGUAUUGAAUGUAAUAACAGUAGCACUACAUUUAUUCCACAACAUGCAACUGAAGGUGCUACCGCCAGGAGAUCACAUAUGAUCACGAAGCUGUGUUAAGUCUUGUCCAUAAGCGUAUUAAUACAUUUACAAAAUGUCCACACCAAAAUGCUCAUGUAUAUAUGACACCGAAUUUUUUUAGUUGACCUGCUUAGAAAAUCUUCCAUCUUGCAUUUACUAGAUAUGAUAAUGAGAAAAUAAUUAUAUAAAUUUCCAAAAUCAAAUUGAUUUGUUUCAUCUCUUCAAAGACUAAUUUGCAUCCUCAAGCUCAACGAAGGUCUAAGCCUACCUCAUCACAAUCUUGAGAUAAACCCCAAGCACGCACUCACUCAAUCUUGGGACUGUGGAAGGGUGCACGUGCAAACAAAUGUCAACCUACAGGCUGUACUUUCUCACGAAAAAUUUGACAUUGGUUUGCAAAAUUUAUUUUUGCAACAUUACUACCUAAUGUGAAUAUAUUGCAUUGAAGACCCAAGUCCGAAUAUAAUUGUUAUAAGUGAUUAUAAUUGUUAUCAGACCAACUGUUCUUUUUUAAUCUACGGUUUUAUUUUGCUUUGUAAGGGCCAUAGCUAACCGUAUAGGAUUUUCCAACUGCAGCUGGUUCAGUGGCGAAUUUGAUUCAGCAGGGUUGUCGGUUGGCUGACAAAGGGCGGUGUUUUGCUUGAUUUCCUCUGACGUCUUUAAAAAGUGAAAAAAAUAUACUCCAGAUACAUAAAUUAUAUUUCGAAGAAUAUUUACGCUCUGAAUUGCAUAUGGUUAAGAAAAACAAAACCUCAUGAACUUUUAAUGACAUGCUGUAUAAGAGUCUAUUUGAAGACCAACCUUGAAUUUUGUCCUCAAGUCUUUUUGAGGAUAUCAUUGCUCUGUUGUAUUUUUAUGGUUUCUUGACCUCUCAGGACAUAGGAAAUAGUUUUGAAUAAAUUUUCACUUAGCAUUUGGCGACAAGUUUUGGGUUUCUUGCAUGUGUUUUUUUGUGAUUAUGAUAUAAUGAAUUGAUUCCAUGCUUGUGUAAGUAGAUGUACAUAUUUUUUCUCCGUUCCUAUUUAUAAUGGUACAGGUUGCCUAUAAUAUGAAAUACAUGUAUAUGCAUUUGAAAUUUUUCAGAAAGUUUAUUUGUUGUAACUCUGCGAAUUAAGAAGAAAUCAUACAUACAUGACAACCACAAAUUUACAAAGAUUAUUGUGAUUCUGGCACACUGCCACCUGCAUGUUUCUCCAAAGUUCAAGCUGUUCAUUACCUCAUCAUUUAUUUUUUCACUAAAAGUUGGUUUACCCUGGGAUAUAAUAUUGUACCCUUGAUAUACUGCUAUGCGUGUUUUCACGAGAUAUAGGCCUUCACAGUAUAGUUGUCUCCCUUCAAGGCACAUGGCGAAUUAUUUUAAAAAUGUUCAUGAGCUCUUGCACUAAUAAUAAAUCUGGUAUAGACUGCAAACUUAUCACAAAUUAUUUGAAAAGAUUCUUCCCUUAAGUAUUCAUAACUAAAUCUGUUUUUAAAUAUGCUGGGCUUGUAAGAGCAUCAUGGUAGGAUAAAGUCAAUCUGGUGCCUGGGUAUUAAUAGGAAUACUGUCGUGCGCAUGUUUUUCUUUCAUUAUUUUUAAAGAUCCUGAACUGUAAUAUGGAUUCCACGAUAGCACAGUGGUAAUAUAAUGCAGAAAGAGUAUUUUAUUUUACACAAAUACACUGCAUUGCCAUAGAUUUUAUUAAAGUCUUUUUUCCAUUGUAUAAUUUGGACGAAAACCUAGUGUUUGGAAGAGCCAUAUUAGUUUUCAUAGCAAUUGGAUAAAUUUUUUUGAUUGAUGUUUCAUUGUGUAUAACUGUGUUGAAAGUUUCGCUUUUGUAAUUUUGUCCCUUUGCCUUUGUCGCCAAUGGGGAGAGAUUAAAGUGAAAGGCGCUGUUAUGGGGAUCUGGGCAAACUGUCUUAGAAUAAAGAAGAUAAAGAUUAAACCUGCAGUACAUCUAUUAAAAUUGUUAAAUGUUCAAGAGAACUAACAAUAUAGAGGGUGAGAUUAUGGACCACGAAACUUGCUGGCAUGCAGCUGCAGGCUUGGACCUUACCACAAGGCACAAGAGAAAAAACAA